UAUGACGGUGGAAAAUAUACGGUAAUUCUGAUUUAAUUGUCGUGGUUGUAAGCUUUAAGCGAGGGAAACGGUUUUCAUUGUCAUUUGCGAGAGAUUUUCUUACGCAGCAACCGUGGUUUUUCGAUCGGCCAAAAUGUGGAUGGGUUUUUGGUACCUAUUUGUAUGCGCUGUUGUAUUAAUUUUGAUAAAGCAUCAUUGGUCUCGGCGCAAAAUUUAUCAACUGACAUGUUCGCUGCAUGGCCCUCCUGCGCUACCAAUUUUUGGAAAUGCAUUGAUGUUUUGGUGUAAGGAGGAAGAUAUUUUUGAACGACUUGUUAAAGUGGUUAAUAACUAUCCUAGUCCAAUGCGAAUUUGGCUCGGUCCCAAGUUAGUUGUGGCAGUAAAAACAGCGCACCAAAUUGAGAAGAUAUUUACAUCUUCCUCAGCAUCCAGCAAAGAUGAUUUAUACCGAUUUCUAAAGGUCUUUAACGGAGACAGUCUAUUCACAUCUACGGGUAAGUAUCGAGUGACCAUAUAAGCGGUUCUGAAGCUAAGAAGGCUACAGUUUUCCGGUACAAUUUUUGUUAAUAAAUGUGACCCAGUGAAAAUCAAACGAGAGCAGCUGGGUUUUAUUUAAAUUGUUGAAUUUUUUCUGCAUAAACAAGCAAAGUACAAUUUUUUAAGCUGUAGAAAAUGUCAAGAAUUUUUGUCAUGAUAGUGUAAAGAAUUUAACUGGUUGAUUGCCGUGAACUAAAUAUGUGUUUCUUUGUUCUUUAAUUUUAAUUUAAUUUUAAUGGGGAUAUAGUAUUACAUUACUGAACUCAUCAUGAGAUAAAUCCGUACUGUAGAAUUGGCUGAACG